UACUGGGUGUGUAUGUAAGUUUAUGUGCAUACGUGUGUUUUUAUGUGAAUCUUUUGUCCAUACUUCUAUUUACAGAGUUAUCUUUUCUGUUUUUUUAAUGUAAUACUAUGACAAUUUUAUUAUCAUACACUGCAAAAAGGUUGGUCUAUAGACUUCUCAUUUGUGAGCGUGCACGCUCAAGAAUAGUAUUUACCUUUUUGUACAUGAAAGAUAAAGUAAACUGACGCGCUGAUUGAUUAUUUGAACGUUCUUUUUUUCCUCCCACAGACUGACAUGACAUCACAACCGAUAGGCCCACAGAACAAACAUCUGGUCACGUAACGGUCCUUUGACUUGUUUCACUCACGGCUUGGAUAAUGUGACAUGUUUCAUUGCCUCUACACUGUCUUCGCCUUCGCCGCCCCGCCCCCUUCGCGUCCUUCACCGACAGUAAUGAUCCAGUAUGUGUUUGGCUUCCCUUGCCCGUGAACUUGGCGAAGUACUCGCAAGUCAUAUUUGACUAUGUAUCUAGCACAAAGCCUUGAAUGGUACGACUGUUGACCAACCUUUGAAAACCUCUAGUCUUUUGCUUUUGGGUAAAAGCAAAAUUGCUUUUGGGUAAAAGCAAAAAGUGUGCUCAUUCAAGCAAAUUUAGGUUUUAUUCGGGCAGAAUUUGUUCUCCUGAUGUCAAAGCUAAAAUUGUGUUAAUUCAAGCAAAUUUAGGUUUUAUUUAGGCAUAAUUUGUUCUCCUGAUGUCAAUGCGCUAACGUGUUCUUCGAGAGUACUUCUGCCGUUGCGAAAGCUUGGUUGAGUAUUAAAGAACGGCGUGGAUGAGACUGUGCCAAGUGAGGCCGAUAACACACGUAGCUGAGCGCGGGGACAGAUGGCAGAAACGGGAUGCCCGCUGUGUCAGAUCAGUCUCAUGACAUCUGUGUCCCACUAGAUUCCGCGUGAACCUACGACGUGUGUUCCUUCUAUUGUCAUCAUAAAAUGAUAAUAAUAUGAUCGUGAGCUGAAAGGAUUACUCAUCAGUAGACUAUAAACACUUGCCAUGUGUUGUUGUAGUUGAAAUAGAAACACAUGUGCUUAUUUUGCUUGUGCUUUUGAGCACGUGUGGUUGUUUCGAGUGAUCUGUGGAUGUUCAUCCUUCUCUGACAUAACAGCUUACUCUUUGGACGUGUUUAAAAAGUUUGAUAAAGGUGAAGAUAAGUUCAUUGUGAUCAUGUAUGGUAGCAGUAAAAUCUCUUGAAGGUGAAAAUACCUUUUUUAACGAAUAAAUUUAUAUAAAUAAAAGUACAACUUUGCUAAGCUGGACAGUGUCGAUUGAUACGAUUUAUUUUAUCGCUAAGAGUAGUGUAGUGGAAUUGCGUAUGAACAUAGACUCUGUUGUGGUUUUAUUCUGAUUAAGCACCUCGAGUGUACUGAAUUCCAUAUUAUAGAAAAUAACCUACAUCAGUAAACUGCUCUGACGUGAGUACUCAUUGUAUUCAGUUUUCAGCGAGUUCUUAAUUUAGACAUCUUUUUCGUUGGAGGCCAAAGUCGUUAAUUAUGACCAUUGAACUUACUGGGCCGACAAUGGACGAAGCAAAGAAAAGAUUUAUCAUGCCAUCGAGCUUUAUGACUUUGGUAUAAUGAGCUUCAACCAGAGUAGAGCAACCAUGGGUGUUGACAGUGGCCGAAACAAAGCGGUCAGGCCCAAUUCCGUGGUUCACGAGCAGCGACAGUCCCGACUUAACAGCGUAAAGGUUGUAAACUUCGGUGCGGAACGUGUCCCGGGCAAACACACAAGGGCAGAGACAAACAGGGGUGACCUUCAACCUCCAGGCACCGGCGCCAACGACAUGCCGAGGACACUUACCUCCAGCACCGCCGGUCGUGUCUCGCUCGUGCACGUCAGCUCGCGGCUCUCAGGCCGGACGGAGGUCACAGACAAAGGUUGUGUAGUAGGGCGAGGAGACGACGGCCACCGGGAGUUCUUAGGCGUGGACGAUAUGCAGGGGCCCAACAAAGUUCAGAAUAUCAUCAAGAAAUUCAACAGUUUCCGGGACGACCAGAAUGUUGAUUCAAGUGCAGCAGGAGGAAAAGGAGGAGGAGGAGGAGGAGGAGGAGGGGGUGGAGGGGGAAGGGAAGGAGGAAGGGAAGGAUUAGGGAAAGUACGAGGCAGAGAAAAGGAAGGGGUAAGAGGAGCAAAGGAAGAAGGGGCUCGAGGGGAAAGAAGAGGAGAAGGAGAAGUAAACAGAAUAUCCAUGUCGGUUCAGGUGAAGACCAGUCCUGGCCAAGGAGAUCAGAAACAGUCAAGCCCGAAUGUGAGAGACACUCACGUCACCGAGUUUCAAACUGUCUGCGCCAGCACAAGCAGCACUGCCUCUACCAUCACGGUGGCGUCGGGGACGGGGCAAAUGACUGGGAGUUCUAGUUCAAGCGAAGCAAGUCAAUCCGCAAAAGAAACAAACCUUCCCAACAAAGGUAUUGGAAGUACACAAGUUGUGGAUACUCCGUCAGUUUGCAAAGAUAAAGCUUCUAAAACGUCGUCAGUCGUAAGUUCGCGAGUGGAACGUUUGAAUUGUAUUUCGAAAGGCGGUACGGUUCCUGAAAAAGGCGCCAGUAAUUCGUUUACCUACACUGGGCAUGAAAUGGGUUCCACUCGAGAACACAACAACGUCGACCAAAGAAAACUGACGGAUAGCUCAAAUAGCGACGUUGAAAACAAAAAGAGUCACCUUCGUUCACAAAACGAAAUCGGUGCUGUAAAGUUCAUUGUGAAAAUGUCUAUGGUAGAUCCUGAUUGUGAUGAGCGUGACCCAAAAUCUUCAGUCAGAGCCAUCGUUACGUCAUCAACUGUUUCUUGUCUCGAAGGAGGUUCACGAAAAGAGGAUCCAUCCGAGAAAGCUAACUUACAUUCACAAAGCAAAUUUGAGUUUGAGAAAGACAACAUUUCUUCACAACGAGUUAUCAAAACUGAAAAGGAUGUAGUUAGCUCUCAGAACACUCAUAAAAACGACAAUGAUGUCGUCAGCUCAAGCAGCCAUGUUGGAAACGAAAGGGAGGCUAAUAGUUUACACAGCAAAGCGGAAAGUGAAAAGAAUGUCAAUUGUCUACACAGCGAUGAUGAAAAGAUUCGGCUUGCGGUGGGAACGUCCAAAGUUGACUUUGAUAGAACCCCGCAGGCUCCUGUAGUUGCCCCUGUCCCAACGCCAGCAACGGUACGUGUGAAUGAAUUUUCCAGCAACGCAACUGUGUUUAAAAAGAACACUUCAUUCAGCAAUAUUGAUAGCGAAACGGAUGUGACUUGUUUAAAUAGCAACGACCUUAGCGGGAAGAGUGAUUCUCGUUCUCACAGCCACGUCAGAAACGAAACGGACGCCAAACCUUCUCACGGGAAUGUUGGAAGUGGAAAGUGCGAUAUGAAUUCCUUGAACAGAGAAGAUGGAAAAGUUAACCUCAGGUUUGAAACAUCAGUUGCUGAAACCAAAAGUGCCACAAACACUUCUGUAGAAUCGGUUGUGCACACCGCGGUUGUGACUUCAACAGUGAACCCAAUACCCCACACUGUCAUCCGAGUUGUGGAAAGGGACAGUACCCACAUGCCCUCAAAGAAAAUGACGUCAUCGACGUGCACGGAAGUCGUGGUCAAAGACGAGACCGAGAGACAGGACUCCGAUCAAGUCUUCUUCAAUACAGACAAUCGGAAUCGACAUGAUACCAACAACAACAACAGCAACAACAGCAACAAUAGCAAUAACAACAACAGUUUCUCGGUUCCAGAGAUUCGGACUGAAACCGAUGUCAUGAACAAUAAUGCUGCCUACCGACCAAACAUCCUUGUGGAGCGGCCGAAAACGCUGUUGCAUUUGAAGCAACAAACAGGUGGUAAUCUGAACACACGCGUUCGUACUGUGGCGUCUCCAACAACAGGCUUCACGACACGAGAGUCUGGAAACUCUUCAUCGGUCUCGUCCAGCGGAGAGGAUGACGUGAAAACUGUUCCCUCGAAAUCCAAGAAUAUUGGGGAGAGGAUAGACCAAGCUCUUCUCGUGCUCAAAUCGGAACUGGGAUUCCAUGAGCUCUAUAGACGAGAGCGACUUCGGCUCCCAGUGCGAGCUUGAGGAACCAACAUUCUCCUCAACGCUGAGCAUCUUCAACCACGCCCCCAUCUCACCGGAAGCACGGCCUCUUUCUUUCCGCUUCCGGGACGUGACGUUGAGCGUGGAGUCCUUGGACGGAGGAGAACUGAGCUACGAGGAGAUUCUACAAAGGAACGUCCGAAUCUGGAAGAUGAACUCUCAGACACACAGCCCGGUCAUAGAAGAAGUGCCUUUUCUGUGAAUGUUUUCUCACUGCAGCAAGCGGCAGCGAAAAAUGAAGUCCACGACCACAUAUCAUGAUGUACGAGCUGAAUGACACAAAUCCACAGCCACCAGUUGGGGAAGGGGCGUGGAAGAGGCAGGAAAGG